UUCUUCUUCUUUCAAAAAUGGCAAGGUUGAGCUGGAGUUUGAUGAUUUUGGCGAUCUGGGUGGUGACAACAAUGUCGUUUUUGAGCAAAACGACAGUGGGGUGCGAGGGAGACAUUCAGGGGCUGAUAACACAUUGCGCGGUUUACGUCCAGAAAGGGACGCCAGCGAUGAAACCAUCGGCGGCGUGCUGCGAGGCGGUGAGGACGGUGGAUAUCCCUUGUGCUUGCCAGAAAAUAACUAAGGAGAUUGAGGGGCUUGUGGACAUGAACAAGGUCUUCAAUGUCGCUGCCUCUUGUGGUCGACCUCUUCCCCAUGGAACCAAGUGUGGAAGUGCUACAGUUCCAUGAAAGUUUGGUGAAGAAAUUCUGAUUAUCAUAUCUGCAGGGUCAAAGUUGCAAGCUUUGGACUGAUUAUAUAUAUAGAAGAAUAAAUUUGGAUGAUCUUUAUUUAUGUAUAUUGUGGCUAGUAUAUAUAUGUAUGUGAAAUGUCACUAAUAUUGGAAAAUGAUUAUGAUGAAGCAGCGAACUAAAUAAGCUUUUGCAUUUAAUCGUAGA